AUGCCAUAUCCACCGAGAACAGGCGAGUCUGCGUCCAGCAUAGCUUUCUCCUUGAAUCCUCGCGACUCCCGUGUGGUCAGCAUCUACGACAAAUACUUGUACGAUCCAAAGGACCUCGAAUCCUCGGAUCCGCGCCGCCGAGAACUCGCGCGCAAAGCAAGUCAGCUCAAACUUCACGGUCGCCCUGCCAACGAUCUGGACGCCAACGGUCUGCGCGCCGCCAAGCCCUCCAAUCUAGCUCAGCGCAGAGAUCCUGUGGGCGCCGGCUCAUCCAAAGACCAGCGACCAAGUCGUGUCAGCACACAUUCACAAAGCCAUGAUCGCGACUCGGGUGCUUUCGGUCUAGGUUUGGGCAUGCUCGGAGGAAGCGACUCCGAGUCGGAUUCGGAUAGCGACGACGACCGCGCGCGAUCCAAUCGAUCAGGUCUCGACAGGCUCGAGCGCAGUCAGGACUCGCAAAGGCCCGAAAGCUGGACCGAUCGCGCCGUCGCCGUCGGACACCGCCCUCCUGAUAGUGCUUCGCAGAACCCGCCCUCGCUUAAGCUCCUGGCGCUCAAAUCGUCAAGGCAAACCAGCGUCCUUUCCAGCACCUCCCGCGACGAGAGUCACAGUAGGCUUGCCGUCGACAGCAACUUCGUUGACCGAACAUCACGCCACGGCAGCACCAUCGGAUUUGGGGCUCCCACCACAGACGAUGAGCAUCUUUCGAAAUCGGUCGACUCCAACAACGGCGCCCAAAGGCUCAGCGCCCGCACAGCCUUGACCAAGCAACUCGGUCUCAUCACUCCGAACCCAGUGCCGAGCAAUCGUGCCCCUUCCCCCAACCAGCAGGCAGCCCCUCUCGAUUACUUUGACAGUCGCGCUCCCAACGCUACUCAAGCUCGCUCGCCACCUCGCAACGCAGGUCCUCCGCCCAUCGAUGUUGCUCGAGCUCAACAGCACGGUCCUUCCGGUCCUUCUGGCUCGCAAAACAGCGCACGUGGCAUUCCGUCGCCCAUCGACAUUGCUCGAGCUCAACAGCACGGUACCUUCGGCUCGCAAAACAGCGCACGUGGCAUGCCGUCACCGAUGGGAUCGCAGCACGGAUCCGUGACGACACCCAACAGCGCGACGCCUUUCCGCUCUCCAGCCUACGGUCCUGGUGGCUUGCCAUCUCCUCAUCAUCAUCCACUUAACCAAGGACCCAUGCCGCCGAACGUCCUGCAAAGAGGCCCGCCUUCGCCGUAUGGCCAGCGUGGCCCGAUGACACCGACUGGGCCCGGUGGACCCGGCGCUCCAAACCAGCAACCGUACAACAAUGGUCCGAACCGCCCUGCACCGAAUGCGGCUCAUCCCUCUUCGCUCCAGGCCGGGCCUGGCGCCAGACCUCCACAGCAUCCCAACAACGUGCAGAGAGGACCUGGCCUGCAGGGGCAGAUGAACGCCGCAGGCAGAGGUCCGCCCGGACCCAAUGGGCAGUUCGGCCCGUCUUUCUCGGAUGCUCCUGGUCCUUCGAAGCGGCAGUCGAUCUUCCGAAGAUCCAUGGCCAUGCUUGGCGGUGGUGGGCCUCAGGCGGGUCCCCCUGGCCAUGGUCCUGGAUCUCACGGCGCACCGCGACCGCAGCCGGGCCAGAAGCGCCAGUCCCUUUUCCGACGGAGCAUGGCUAUGCUCACAGGAGGCGGAGGACCACCCCACGGCACCAACGGACCGCCGCCACAGCUACCCGGUCAGCAAAUGCGCAUGCCGGUACCUGCCGUUCCUCGCGCUUCUCCUGCGCCGCGUGUGCAAGGUCUGCAGGACGACUUUGAGAAGCCUGAUCAUCCACGUAAAUCGCAAUACCUUGGCGCCGGUGGUGAAGGAGCAGAGUGGGACACCAACGGCGAAGGGGCCAAGUUCUGGCGUCGCUUCUCCAUCGCGCAAAAGACGGCUGGCACGGACAAGGUCGAAGCCGGCAGCAGGACGUGGAUGGCCUCCAUGGCGAGCGGAAGGAGGAAACUCAUCGUCAUGAGUGUCAUCGCUCUCGUCACCUUGGUCGGCAUCAUUGUCGGCGUCAUCGUGUGGAGAGAGACGGUUGCGCCCUCAGGUUCCAACUCCGACGAGCCCACCGCGAUCAACAAGGCCAACCUCACACCCGACAACGGCAACUCAUCUGGGUCUUCCAGCAUCAACACGGGAAGCACCACCAGAAGGGCCAACUCUGCAGCCACGUCCACAGCCAGCUCCAACUACUCGUCCAGGUCGUUGCAUGCCGAUGCGAUCAUCGACGACGUGGUUAAGCGGCACCACCGCGCCAUCCACGAUCAUGGCGCACCGAAGAUGCGCAGGCGACACUUUGGCCGAGCCGUCGCUGCAACACCGCCCCAGCAGCAAGCAGGGUUUGCCCAAGUGGACUGA